AUGGUUAAGGCUGUUGUUGCUGGCGCCUCUGGUGGCAUUGGUCAGCCUCUUUCUCUGCUCCUCAAGACCUCUCCUCACAUCGACGAGCUCGCCCUUUACGAUGUUGUCAACACCCCAGGUGUUGCCACCGACCUUUCCCACAUCUCAUCCCGCGCCAAGACCACUGGCUACCUUCCUGCCAACGAUGGCGCUAAGGCCGCCUUCAAGGACGCUGACAUUGUUGUCAUCCCCGCUGGCAUUCCCCGCAAGCCUGGUAUGACUCGUGAUGACCUCUUCAACAUCAAUGCUGGCAUUGUGAAGGGACUCAUCGAGGUUAUUGCUGAAGUCGCCCCCAAGGCCUUCAUCCUCGUCAUCUCCAACCCAGUCAACUCUACUGUUCCUAUCGCUGCAGAGGUUCUUAAGGCCAAGAACGUGUUCAACCCCCAGCGUCUCUUUGGUGUCACCACUCUCGACAUUGUCCGUGCCGAGACCUUCGUUGCUGAGGUCACUGGCAGGUCUAACCCCCAGGAACUGACCAUUCCUGUCAUCGGUGGUCACUCUGGCGAGACCAUUGUUCCUCUCUUCAGCAAGGCCUCUCCCUCCGUUGAGAUCCCUGACGACAAGUACGAUGCUCUCGUGAACCGUAUCCAGUUUGGAGGUGAUGAGGUCGUCAAGGCCAAGGAUGGUGCCGGUUCCGCUACUCUGUCCAUGGCAUAUGCUGGCUUCCGGUUCGCCGAGAAGGUCCUUCGUGCUGUCAACGGCGAGAAGGGUCUCGUUGAGCCUAGCUACGUCUACCUCCCUGGUGUUCCUGGAGGUGAGGGCAUUGCCAAGGAGACUGGCAACGACUUUUUCUCUGUCCCUAUUGAGCUUGGCCCCAAUGGUGCCGAGAAGGCCAUCAACCCCUUGGAGGGUAUUACCGAGAAGGAGAAGGCUCUCUUGGCCAAGGCCACCGACGGCCUGAAGGGCAACAUCAGCAAGGGUGUCAGCUUUGUCCACAACCCUCCCCAAAAGUGA